UUUGGUAUGUCUUCGUAUGUUAAUUCGAAGGUGUGUCUAUGAAAACAUAUCAAAGGAUGAGAUACAGAAGUUGUUUCCACCAGAAGUCCUACCUGAAUUACAAAGAUUACUCACCCUGCUCCUGCAGAAGUUUCAACGAGAAUGGCGCGAAGAUGUGCUCAAAGAUCAGGUUUCUUUGCCUCGCCUGAAGGCAAUGACAUGUAAUGUGGUAAAUCAAAAUCAAGAUUCUGUGGAGCAUGUUGCUGUUAUGAAUCUGAAGCUCCAAGGUGAUACACAGUCUUCAUCUGGUGAAACACAGGUUAAAUUCCAAUUGGCAAGAGAUACCCUCGAGACAAUGUUGAAGUCUAUGUACUUCAUAAGAGAUCAAAUGUCCAGUGGGGAUGCUACCUCUAAUGGACCUGGGCAAGAACAGGGAGCAGCCGAAACAGCCUUAACAUAAAAUCUUGGGAUGCCUCGCCUAUGUAUUAUAGUUUUCUUUCUUUGCUUAACACUGACAUAAUAUUCUGUGUUCUUAUUCUUCUCAAUCCUGUGACUCUGGACUUUUGAAGCUACUUAGCAACCCUUUUGUUUCCCAACUAAACUCAUCCAACUGUAUCUAUGUGUGUGUAGCAUGGGGGCAAAUACUGUCAAUUAGGUUUUAUUUUCAGAAUGUGUUUUAGAUCAUUUUCAAUUUAUUCUAGAAGCAAAACAUCUUAUUCUUUUGAGAA